AUGAUAGGUAUAUUUACACUUUUGGUGCUGGUGGUCUGUGCACAGGCCUUAUCUUACGAGGAUUACCUGGUAGCAGAAUGGGAGGCCUUCAAACUGAAGUAUGAGGAGAAACUCGCGGUGAAAUCGGAGGAGAGCCUGCUUCAGGGGGAGUGGAAGGAAUUUAAAUUGGAUCACGGCAAAACAUACUCGACCGAGGCAGAAGAGGAAUUCCGCUUAGAAGUCUUUAAGAACAACAAAAGGAUCAUUGAUGAUCACAACAAACGAUGGGCCGCAGGUGAAGAGAGCUAUGAAAUGGGACUCAACGAAUUUUCUGACUUACUUCCCGAGGAGUUCAAGCGUUACAUGCUUGGAUUCGUCAAUACCACCACAUGGGAAAGUGAGGCUGAAGAGGGAAUCACCUACAUACCAGCAGCACAUGUGACCCUACCCGGAGCUGUUGAUUGGAGGGGUGCUGGCGCUGUUACCUCUGUAAAGAAUCAAAGAGCAUGCGGUUCUUGCUGGGCUUUCGCGGCUACGGGCGUACUGGAGGGCCAACAUUUUCGCAAGACCCACCAGUUAAUCUUAUUAUCCGAACAAAAUUUGGUAGACUGCUCCACAAAUCGUUAUCACAAUAAAGGUUGCAACGGAGGCAUGGCCGACCGGGCACUUCAAUAUGUACAAGAUAACGGAGGCAUUGAUACUGAAGGCUCCUAUCCAUACAGAGCAGCUAAUGGUCAAUGCCAAUUUAAUAAAAACAAUAUUGGAGCCACUGUCAGAUCUGUCGUCCACUUAGAACGAGGUAACGAAGGAAUUUUGGCAAAUGCUGUCGCCACCGUGGGUCCCAUAGCGGUUUCCAUUGACGCUUCCCAUUUGCAAUCAUAUAGAGGGGGCGUGUACAACGAUCCCAAGUGCAGCCGCAAUAUAAAUCAUGCCGUGCUUAUUGUUGGCUAUGGCAACGAUCCCAGAGGAGGCGACUUUUGGUUGGUUAAGAAUUCAUGGGGCAUUGGUUUUGGAGAGCAGGGCUACAUUCGCAUGUCACGCAAUAGAAAUAACCAAUGCGGUAUCGCUGACUGGGGAGUUUAUCCAUUGGUGUAA